AAGAACAAUAUUUUGGUUUUUAAUUUAUUCUAAUGUAUGGGUCUACAAAUGACUUCACAUAUUCAAUACUUCAACAAAAAAAUUAUUUUUUAUUCUAUUAACAACCAAUCCACUCUUACAACUAUUCAUACACGUAGAGAUUAACUCAUCUUGCUCCAAUCCUAUGUGAAAAUAAAAACAUUUCUUAGACAUUCUUAAAAUUCAAGAAACAUGCAAUGUGAUGUUGCAAUAAUGUCUUUAGUAGUUACGUGUGAAGGAAAAAAAAAAGUGUAAUGGGUCCCAUACAUUACUCUCUCCUCUUCCUAUCUUUCUCAAAAUCUAUAUAAAGCAGUUGCAUUUUUAUUUCAACUCACCCAUCAAACCAAUACACCUCACCUUAUAACAAACAAAAAAGUAUAAAGUCAUUGAAUUCAUAAACCAAAAUUAGAAGGAGAAAGUUUUUCUCUUUUUCAUGUUUCAAACUACAAGACACCAUUGUUGAGUUUUGUUAAUGGAGAGUUUAACAAAAGUAUUAGUGUUUUUGUGUUUAUGUGUUUGUUAUGUCACAAGUUCUGUGACUUAUGAUCAUAAAGCUAUUGUGAUUAAUGGUAAGAGAAGAAUUUUGAUCUCUGGUUCCAUCCACUAUCCAAGAAGUACUCCUCAGAUGUGGCCGGAUUUAAUUCGAAAGGCCAAAGAUGGAGGUGUAGAUGUCAUUGAAACUUAUGUAUUUUGGAAUGGACAUGAACCUUCUCCAGGAAAAUAUUACUUUGAAGAUAGAUUUGAUUUGGUGAAGUUUAUCAAAGUGGUUCAACAAGCAGGACUAUAUGUUCAUUUACGUAUUGGUCCUUAUGUUUGUGCAGAAUGGAAUUUUGGAGGAUUCCCUGUUUGGCUAAAGUAUGUUCCAGGUGUUGCUUUCAGAACAGACAAUGAACCGUUCAAGGUGGCUAUGCAAAAAUUCACUGCUAAGAUUGUUAGUCUUAUGAAAUCAGAGAGUUUGUUUCAAAACCAAGGUGGUCCAAUCAUUUUGUCUCAGAUUGAGAAUGAGUAUGGACCAGUGGAAUGGGAAAUUGGUGCUCCUGGAAAAGCUUACACCAAAUGGUUUUCUCAAAUGGCUGUAGGAUUAGAUACCGGUGUACCGUGGAUCAUGUGUAAGCAAGAAGAUGCUCCUGAUCCUAUUAUUGAUACGUGCAAUGGAUAUUACUGUGAAAACUUCUUUCCCAACAAGAACUACAAACCGAAAAUGUGGACUGAAAAUUGGUCCGGCUGGUACACUGAUUUCGGUAGUGCUGUCCCUUAUAGACCAGCAGAAGACUUAGCAUUCUCAGUUGCUAGAUUCAUUCAAAAUCGCGGCUCAUAUGUUAACUACUAUAUGUACCAUGGAGGAACUAAUUUUGGAAGGACAUCUAGUGGCCUUUUCAUUGCCACGAGUUACGACUAUGAUGCUCCUCUUGACGAAUACGGACUUACAAAUGAACCAAAAUAUACACAUCUAAGAGAUUUACAUAAAGCAAUAAAGCAAUGCGAGUCAGCUUUAGUGUCCGUGGAUCCGACGGUGUCAUGGCCUGGAAAAAACCUUGAGGUACACGUUUACAAGACAAGCUUUGGUGCCUGUGCUGCAUUUCUUGCAAAUUACAACACCGGAACAUGGGGAAAAGUUCCAUUUGGAAAUGGCCAAUACGACCUACCGCCUUGGUCUAUCAGUAUUCUUCCUGAUUGCAAAACUGAGGUUUAUAACACCGCAAAGGUUCGCGCACCAAGGUUUCAUAGAAAGAUGACUGCAGUGAGCUCAUUUACUUGGCAGUCGUACAACGAACAACCUGCCGCCUCUGGUGGAAGUGAUUCCUUCACAGCAAAUUCACUUUUGGAGCAAGUCAAUGUGACUCGUGAUUCGUCAGAUUAUUUGUGGUAUAUGACAGAUGUCAACAUUAGUCCUAAUGAAGCUUUUUUAAAGAAUGGUCAAUCUCCUGUUCUUACUGCAAUGUCGGCCGGCCAUGUUCUACAUGUUUUUGUUAAUGGUCAAUAUUCAGGCACUGCAUAUGGAUCAUUGGAGAAUCCUAAAUUAACAUUUAGUGGUAAUGUGAAGAUGUGGGUUGGCAAUAACAAGAUUUCUCUACUUAGUGUUGCCGUUGGUCUCUCGAAUGUUGGCAUCCACUAUGAAACAUGGAAUGUUGGCGUGUUAGGCCCGGUAACAUUGAAAGGUUUAAACGAGGGGACAAGAGACUUGUCUCGACAAAAAUGGUCUUACAAGACUGGACUGAAAGGUGAAGCCUUGAACCUUAAUACCGUAUCCGGAAGUUCUGCUGUUAGCUGGGCACAAGGGCCAUCAUUGUCUAAAAAACAACCUUUGACAUGGUACAAGACAACUUUCAGCGCGCCGGCCGGUAAUGAUCCAUUGGCUCUAGAUGUGGGUAGCAUGGGAAAGGGUGAAAUAUGGGUAAAUGGUCAUAGCAUUGGUCGUCAUUGGCCUGCAUAUAUAGCACGCGGUAAUUGUGGUGGUUGUAAUUAUGCCGGAACAUUUACCGAUAAAAAAUGCCGAACAAAUUGUGGACAGUCUACCCAAAAAUGGUAUCAUAUUCCUCGCUCGUGGCUGAACCCAAGUGGAAACUUCUUGGCUGUGUUGGAAGAAUGGGGAGGCGACCCUACCGGAAUUUCAUUGGUGAAAAGAACAUAAUGUGCUAUUUGACUUUAUCAGAAAG